AUGGAUCUAGGCCCAUCUAUUCCCGCCGCUCAAGCAUCACAUCUCCUUUCCUCCUUUACAACCUUUCUGACCCUCACUCUUCACACCCUCCUCUACCACCGCGGACUCUACCCUGCAACUACUUUCCUCACUGCACGUGCCCUUAACCUCCCCAUCCACCAGUCUCGCCAUCCUGGCCUCUGCACUUGGAUAAACGAUGCUGUCUCUUCUGUAGCAGCACAGCUGCGAAAAGGGACUGUGCGUCGUAUAGCCAUUGUAAUGCAUGCUGCAAAGACGUUUGAUGUACUUGAACGUUGGGUAUUUGACGUUGAGACGUUUCCUAUUGGCUGGGGUGAUAGGGAGGAGAGGAACUAUAACCCUGCGUUGGUUGAGGGUGUGGAUGAGGAGGGUGGUGUGAAUUGGACGGAUGUAAACGAAGCUUUGCGGGGAGCUCUAAGGCGCAUUUCGCAUGCAGCUGAGAUGAUGUCUGCUUUGCCUGAAGGCAGCACUUUUACACUUGCCGUUGAGCUACGUGACGAAGCAUCUGCACCAAUAGGGCAUCCGCAACAUUGGAUACCUUCCCAACCAAACCUUCAACCACCAACAGACACCUCUUUGACUCAAGGUUCGGCUAUUGGCGGCCAGAACACAACGCCAAUCCGCUCUGUCAAAGCUGGACCUCUCUUUUUUGAGUGUUGGAUCGAGCAAAACGACUUGGAAUGA